AUGAAGUUGAACGCAUUAUCCCUGGUGGCGGUGCUCAUCCUACCAUCAUUGGUAGCUUCGCAGCUUUCAGGCCGAGUCGGACCCACCACAACCAGAGAAGCAAAGAGGAAUAAAGUCUGCAAUGUAUUAAACUACGGUGGCACUGCCAGCAAAACAGCAGACAUCGGCAAGCCUCUCGUAUCCGCGUUUGCAGCUUGUAAGAAUGGGGGAACAGUCUACGUACCACCUGGGGACUAUGGAAUGUCCACAUGGGCCUCCUUGACCGGAGGGUCGAGUUGGGCUCUGCAGAUUGAUGGAAUUAUUUACCGAGUCGGAACGGCAAGUGGCAACAUGAUCUACGUCGGAGAAACAUCCGACUUUGAGAUGUACAGCAGCACCUCCAAAGGCGCUAUACAAGGUCACGGGUAUAUAUUCCACGCCAAUAAACAAUACGGCGCUCGUAUUUUGCGACUUGGAAAAGUGGACAACUUCUCUAUCCACGAUAUUGCCUUGGUUGAUGCUCCAGCAUUCCAUCUGGGUUUGGACACCUGUACUAAUGGGGAAAUCUAUAACAUGAUCAUCCGCGGUGGUGACGAGGGCGGUCUUGAUGGCAUCGAUAUCUGGGGCAGUAAUAUCCAUGUGCACGACAUUCAAGUAACCAACAGGGACGAGUGUGUCACUGUCAAGAGCCCCGCUAAUAAUAUGCUUAUCGAGAACAUUCACUGCAACUGGAGCGGCGGUAGCGCUAUGGGCUCACUCGGAGCCAACACACAAAUAUCCAAUAUUCUCUACCGCAACAUCUACACCGUUCAAUCCAAUCAAAUGUACAUGAUCAAGUCCAACGGCGGGUCAGGCACUGUCAAGAACUGCACCUUCGAGAAUUUUAUCGGCCACGGAAACGCCUACUCACUCGACCUCAACGCCUUUUGGUCCUCUCAGACCAAAGCUAGCGGCAACGGCGUGCAGUACACGGGCCUGACCUUCAAGGACUGGAAAGGCACAUGCGCCAACGGGGCGCAGAGAGGACCGAUCCAGAUUCUCUGCCCGAGCGCAGUGGCGUGUACGAGUAUCACACUCCAGAAUGUAGAUCUUUGGACCGACUCAGGCAAUGGGGUGACUUGGAAGUGCGAAAAUGCAUUUGGGUCGGGUGGGUGUUUGAGGAGUGGGGAUGGUAGUAGUAGUUAUAGCAGCACGACUACUCUUGUGACAGCGCCAACUGCUUAUUCAGCGCCAAAGAUGCCAAACGAUCUCGGCUCGGGAUUUGGGUUGACGGCGAGUAUACCCAUCCCAGCAGUUCCUACGACAUUUUUCCCUGGCGCGACGCCAGCUAGUGCUUUACUUGGAAGAUAA